AUGAGCCUUCUCCUUGCCUUGGAGCUGCUGCUGCUCCUGCUUGCCUUGCCACGCCUUUCUUGUAGGAGCACCUCAAAUUCAACGCAACCGUCACUAGAUCGUCAAGCAGAGGCACUUCUCCGAUGGAAAGCUGGCCUAUACAUAAGAGGGACCUAUGAUCUGGACUCAUGGACAAAGGGAACCAGCCCCUGUGACUACUGGACCGGUGUUACCUGCAGCAACGCCGUGCUGCCUCGUGGCGGUGACCAGGGUGAUGCCGCCUUAGUUGUGUCCAACAUUUCGCUUGCGGAGUUUGGCCUUGAAGGCAGGUUGGAUAGGCUCUAUUUUGCUGACUUGCCCCAUCUUGUCCAUGUGGACCUCAGUUACAACUAUCUCUUGGGCCCAAUCCCAUCAAGCAUUGGUGUUCUUACCAAUCUCGUAUACUUGGAUCUAUCCAACAAUAGACUGAACGGAUUUAUCCCAACAUCCAUUGAUUUGCCCCAUCUUGUCUUUUUGAACCUUGGUUACAACCACCUCUCAGGCGGAAUCCCAUCAAGCAUUGGUGCUCUUGCCAAGCUCGAAAACUUGUAUCUAUCUAGCAAUGACCUGAACGGAUCUAUCCCAACAUCCCUAGGUAAUUUUACUAAACUAACCUCCAUCGAUCUCUUUUAG